AUGGUUGCAACUCGGCCAAGGAAAAGUGGCCGCACCUUACGUCAACCUAGCCCGUCUCAAGUAGCAAGUCGCCUAACUGCCAAGGCCACAGGUGCUCAUCGUGUAAGAAGAAGAACAUGUCCAACAACCUCUACCUACAAGGAUCGAGCUACUUAUUCAAGCGCUCCUAAUGAAAGUUGUAUAGUGUAUGAUCAAAUAAGUCAUAGCCCAAUAGCGGUCGGAGGCGCCGAGAUACAUCAACCAUCUUCGCUUGAAAUCGAUUGCACUUCACUCCCUCGGAACUAUCGCUUACCCGAAUUCAUAUUAUUUUUCGCGGAUGGGCAUACAUCUUCAAUUGAGGAUAUUGGCCGUUUUAUGGCCCAAUGA